AUGCAGAGCCACUCAGGCCGUCCUCCGAAGCUCGCAUUGCUCUCAUCGAGGGUCUCGAGUCCCUGCCGCUUCCUGCCACUUCGGCAGAAAGAUGUCUUGGAGAAGGUGGAGGAUGCAAGCAGCGGGAGGUGUUUAACCUUCACAUCAAUGCUUAGAGGGCUUGGCCAUCUGGAGCAUCUCGUCCUGACCCACAACGGCAUGUUUGGAGAUGUUGCCAUGGAGUUGGCAAAGGCUCUGCAGCAGCUGCACUUGCGCACGGCAGAUUUUUCCAGAAACCGCAUCUCCGUGGAGGUUUGGAAGCAAAUGGCCGAUGCACUGGGCAGUUCUGUGAAGUUACAAGGACUCGACUCGCAGACAUCAACUUCCUGA